AUGGCACGUUUCCAGAUCCUGUCAGAUCUUCAUCUAGAAAACCCUUGCGCAUACGAUGCAUUUGACGUGCCUCCCCAGGCGCCGUACCUAGCGCUCCUGGGAGACAUCGGCAACGUCAGAGAUGAGGGUCUCUUUCUUUUCCUAGAAGUCCAGCUUCGGAAAUUCCAAAUCGUUUUCUUCCUCCUAGGAAAUCAUGAGCCGUACCAUUUCAGUUGGACGACCGCCAGAGAACGAGUCGUGAGCUUUGAGCAGACUAUUCGGCAGAGACGAGCCCAAAAGGAACAGACAGACUCCCAGCCUCUAGGACAGUUCGUGUUCCUGGAUCGGAGACGUUAUGAUCUCUCGUCCGAUGUGACGGUGCUGGGAUGUACAUUGCACUCUCAUGUUCCUCCGGCCCAAGUGGAGCGCGUCAGCUACUCGCUCAACGACUUCUACCACAUUAAUAAUUGGACCGUGGAGGAACACAAUGCCGCCCAUGAUGCUGAUCGAUCGUGGCUGAAUACACAGGUUUCAAGCAUCGAGAAAUCAGAACCGAAUCGCAAGAUUGUCAUUUUUAGCCAUCAUAGUCCGACGGAGGCCGAGUCGGCGGUCGACCCUGCCCAUGCCAAUAGUUCCAUCUCGUCGGGGUUCGCGACGGACAUGACAAAGGACCCGUGCUGGAAGAGUUUUCAGGUGCAACUGUGGGCAUCUGGCCAUACCCAUUACAACUUUGACUUUACGGAUGAGAAGACAGGCAUGCGGGUGAUGGCGAACCAGAGAGGAUACUACUUUGCUCAGGCGAAGGGGUUUGAUGUGGAGAAGGUUGUCGAAAUCUGA